UUGUCCUUUCGCCUGGGUUCCAUUCAAACCCCUGUGGCUUUUUUUAAAGGAACACUAUAGUGAGCGAAUCUCCCUCGUAUCCUAACACACUCAUUUUCUCCACCCACCCACUUGCUGAAAUGGUGGUGUGAUCUAUUUAGGGCUGUCCCGAUACUGUGUACAGUUUUCUUCUAGCACAGUCAAACCUGCAAGGCGCUGGUAUGCUAAGACUCUAGCCCACUCAAAGGGAAGAGGAAACAGAGAGAGAACUGAGAGUUCGAAGACCUGAUGACCCACAUGCCUUCAUGGGGAACACCAGUAUUACAGAAGGGAAGACUGCCCUGUCUGUAGGCGGCUCUUCAAUAGCCCGGGGCAAGACUUCCAUCACCAUGGGCAAGUCCAACAUCACCCGUGGGGUCACCACUACCUCUAUGGGAGACUCUACCAUAACCAGAGGCAAGACCACCAUAUCCCUGGGCAAAGCCAGCUUCAGCCGAGGCAAAACUACGACCUCCUUCCGCAAGGCCCUCAUGCCCAAGCGCCGGACCAAGUAGAUGGAAAGGAGAUCCGCAAACGCUGAAACAAAGACAAAGACUUCAACAGCAAGAAAGAGCACUGAGAAGGACAAGACAACAGAUAUACAACAAGAGGACGACUCGGAAGCCUCAAAAGGAAAGGCUUUUCUUCUAUUGAGAAAGACUUGCUUUACAAAAGGGAAAAUCAAACUGAUGAAAAGCAAGAAGGCCAUGUCAUGGGGGAAGACAGCUCUUUCGAGGAGCAAGACCAAACUGAGGAAGGGAGAGACUGCGUUUGUGGUGGGUACAACUACAAUCACUCAUGGAGAGACUACUAGUUCUUUGAGCAAGGCCACUUUAAGUCAAGGGGAGAAGUCUGUCACUGUAGUUAAGACUUCCCUCAAAAAAGGCAAGGAAACGCAAUGGAAUCUCUACUGGGAUUUUCAUCUGUGACAUAAAGACACAAAUAUAACUGCAAACAGAUUAUGUACAGUAUAUGUGUAUGUUACCACAAAGACUGACUUUAAAGUAGAGCGUUCAAGCAGGUUGGAUGUCUUGUGAGAUGCAAGUGUUUGCCAGCUUGCUCUAGAAUUGCACACAAAUGCAUUCUAGAGGCAAUAUGAAGUGCAAGUGUUCCUUAAAUUAGCUUGGAACUGAGCGUGACAUCUUUGUCCCUGAAAGAGAAUAGAUAUGAUUUUAAAAUAAAGAUUUGUCUGAGAGAACAUGUUCAGAGAUCAGGCGCAAAUCUGGUUUCCAUGAAGAGAACAUGCAUGCAUGCAUGUGUGAGGGUGUGCACUUCCACAACUGGAAUGGCUUUUAUUGCUGUUCACAUGCAGAAGGGUCUAAGUUGGAUAAUGAUCAGGAAUCCAGAUCUGAGAUUGUUUUGCAAGUGGAAUUGUAUCAGUUAAUUGGUACUAACCAAGUCAUAGUAAAACAUUUUAACUUCAACCAUAGCCUUACAAAUAAAAUGCGCAUUGUUAAUUCUUCGACUUCUUAAUCUUACAUUAAUGUAGCAUAAAUCAACUAAAUCCGAAUUGUCAAUAAAUAGACCUAUAAACUGGUUAAAACAUUGUUUUAAUGUGUCUGUCUUCAAAAUAUUUCAGAGGGUUUAUUUUAAUUUACCUUAAGUUAGGCACACACUUUUGCUUGUCAGACUAUACAAUGUGAUUACAAUCAUAUCUUAGGUAAAAUCCACCUUUCUUUUGUCAGACUGUGCAGUUGUAUUCCAGACUUUGAUUCCACUCGUCCCAUUGAUUUAUUUUAAAAAAAAGAGGUCAAAAAUACAGGCUUUACCUUUUACCAAGCAUAGGCUAUAUAUGAAACAAUGCUUCGGUAAUAACUAAUUUUAAUGCACAUUUGAGGGGUCUGAUAUAACAAAAUCAUUAAAGUAGACCACACCCUUGAGUCUCGAGGUCUUGGGCUCAGUCAACACGACACCUUUUGCAGAACCCAUGUACAGUAUAAGUCAAGAAAUUUCUAUCAGUUCCAGGGAGGCACAAUGCCACGGAACUGAGUGAUGUCACCCCCGAUUGUGUCACCCAACAAUGUGUUCUUCAGUGCCUCGCUUUAGCGACGGUACAAUGUGGUCUACUGUCCGCUCUGCCCCCAUAUAGAACUAAGGCCUCCUACGGCAGCCUCUGUCCAUUCACGGCACACAGGGGAGGUAUGUGGCCUUGCGAAGCCCACGUUAUGCUGCUCAACAAGUGCUUUAUGCUGCUGCAUGGGGGUUGCUCUCACCACGCUUAGCAUUCCUGUCCCAUCCCGACACUAGCUGUUUGGACUGUCACACCCAGCCAGGCACUGUCUGUGUGAGUUGGGAUGUGUUGCUGCCAAGCCAUCGUAACCUUAUCCUGUAGAAGCAGGAGAGCACAAGAUUCCCAAGGGAAAGAAGAGAAGAUUUAACCGUGAACGUGCUCCGGGUAAGAUCGUCUAAGCUGGCUGCA